GCAGCCUUCCUGGGAGGAUGCAGCUUCUCCUGUUCCUGUUGGCCUUCUGUCUGCCCCCCACAGCAAAGACAGGGGAUAUCAUCGGGGGACAUGAGGCCAAGCCCCACUCCCGCCCUUACAUGGCCUAUGUUGAAUACUUCUGUGGGGAUUCUCUGUAUCAGUGCGGUGGCUUCCUGAUCCGAGAGGACUUCGUGAUGACAGCUGCUCACUGUUUAGGGCGCUUCAUAAAUGUCACCCUCGGUGCCCACAACAUCAAGGAACGGGAGAAGACCCAGCAGGUCAUCCCUGUGAAAAAAGCCAUCCCCCACCCAGGCUAUAAUCCUAAGAAUUUCUCCAAAGAUAUCAUGUUAUUACAGCUGCAGAGAAAAGCCAAGCUGACUACAGCCGUGAAGCCCCUCAAGCUGCCCAAGGGCAGGUCCCAUGUAAAGCCAGGACAGGUGUGCGAAGUGGCUGGCUGGGGACAGAUGACCCCAAAUGGCCAAUGCUCAAACACACUGCAGGAGGUGGAGCUGACUGUGCAGGAAGACCAAAGGUGUGAGUCCCACUUAGAAAGUGACUACAACAGUGUCAGUCAGAUCUGCGUGGGAGACCCAAAGAUGAAAAGGUCUUUCUUUAUGGGAGACUCAGGAGGCCCCCUCGUGUGUAACAAUGUAGCCCAAGGCAUUAUCUCCUAUACAAUACCUAAUGGGACACCUCCACAAGUCUGCACCAAGAUCUCAAAGUUCUCACAUUGGAUAAAGAAAAACAUGAAACGCUACCAACCACAAGAGGCAGACUAACACGCAUCCCCCCUCCCAAUAACUGACCAUCUUUCUUUGAGCUGAAGCUGGAAUUGUACCAGGCAAGAUGCCAACAACUAAAUAAAUGUCUCUUG